AUGCGUCAAUCAAUCGUUCUUGCCGGCUUUGUUGCCGUUGUAUCGGCUUCUCCAGCUGCUGAGCUUGUCCGUCGUCAGAACAUUGACUUCGCCGCAGUCAAUGCUGCCCCUGCCCCUCAAUUCGUCGGUCCUCCAGUCACUGCAACCUCCCAAAACAUUGACUACAACACUGCUGCUGUCACAGCUUCUGGCGCUGCGGCGGCAACGGCCAUCGCUUCCAGUGCCGCAAAAGCCGCCGAGAAGAGAUCUGUUGAGGUUGAACUUACCAAGCGUACAUUCUGCUUUUGGCCAUUCUCCUGCGGUAGCGGUGGUAGCAGUGAAGGAAGCACCCCAAAGCCAGUCACUACCACAUCCAAGGUCGACUCAAAGCCAACAUCAACUACAUCCGUACCAGUUGCAAUUGCAACAUACGACCCAGCUCUUGAGUGUGCUGCUCAAGGAGAUGGUUACGGACCAAAGCCAGACCCUGACACCCCAGAAGCUUUCCUUGCUUACCAACCAUUUCACGACGAGGCCCAGGGUGCCAAAGUCCCCUCCGGUUACACUUCCACCUUCACCGACUUAAACGCUGCUGUUAACGCCAAUACCUACCUUGGCCUUACUACACUUCAGUCAUAUGAUGUUGCUGGAUGUGCUUCUCUAUGCGACAACAAGGACCUUUGCACUGCUUUCAACAUCUACUUCGAGCGUGACCCAAGCGUCAACCCAGCUGCUCAGUGCGCCAACCCUCCAUCUAUUACCAACUACAAGUGCACACUUUGGGGAUCUGGUGUCACUAAAGAGGCUGCUGUUAACGAUGGACAAUACCGAACUGACUUCCACGUUGUUAUCACUGGUUCCAACGGAUACUCCAAGGUCGAGACUACCACCCCAGUCACUCCUCCAGGAUGGCAAGAGCCUACAAAGUGUGGUAAUGGACACGUUGGACACAACCACCCAACCACCUGCAUUGGCACCCACUUCUACCCUGGACCAUACAACCCUCUUCUCUGCGCUUCUUACGCUGUUGCCCAGAACGCUAUCAACGUGAAGGCCAACCUCAUCUCCACCGUCCUCUCUUGGUUCGGCUUCAACCCAUACAAGGUCAACUUCUUCAACAGCUACAUGCUCAAGAAGGAUGGCAAGCCUCUUGGAACAUACUGCUCCAUCUACGCCCAAAAGUACUCCUCCGCUCAAGCCAGCUACGACCCAGGCUUCCAAGGUGGUUUCACCUGGAGCAUUGAGAGCUCUUGGUCAUGGAGCAUCAAGGCCUAA